AUGAGCGUACUCAAAGCCAAGGUUGUUCAAACCGACAUGAAGGAGUCUAUGCAACAGGAGGCUGUAAAUGCCUGUGCCAAAGCCAUCGCCGAGGACGACUCUCCCAUUGCUGUGGCCACUGCGGUUAGAAAGCACUUUGAUGAAUACUAUGAACCCUCAUGGACUUGUAUUGUUGGUCGCGACUUCAGUAGUGCAUUCGCCUACCAGAAGAGGAGGCACAUUUCGCUGUCGAUGGGUGGAAAACAGAUCCUUCUUUUCAAGAGCGCCUAG